GACACGAAGAUUAAAAUAGAUUAAGACCGCUGAGUAAUCUUGGAGCUGCUGUUUUCAUCUUGUUCCAGUGCAUACCUGAGUUGAAACCUUAUGCCCCAGGCGUGCCAAUAGAUGUUGUUGGAACUAGACUUGAAGUGAAGCUACAGUGGUGUGGUCGGAACUCUGGGACAGUCACAAGGUUUCGCUUUGGGGAUGAGGAAGCAACAGGGAUCCACCUAUGUCAUACAAUCUGAGUUUCUCUCCAUCAUUCUCAUUCUACUAUCAACUCUUCCAAUCAGAAGAAGAUCCUUCACUUCCCUCUCAGAAGGUCCUACAUGAGGAAAUGGAGAAAGAAAACAUAGAACCAAAACCAAGGACUAUUCAAGGAGAGAAGGCCAAAAAAAAUACUGCCUUUGAGGUUGAUUUAGAUUUUGAGCACAAUAUGAGACUGGCACCGGUGAUUACAGAGGAAGUUACUUUGUCCCUAGAAGAAUUGAGCCGCAAACGGAUUGUUGAGGUUGAUGAGGAGCCAAGUAUUGGUGAAAAUGCAUUUUUUAUACUGCACGUGGAAGGAACCGCGACAUCGCAUAGAGUUGUGCGCCAUAUUGGAGGAACAAGUUGGCCUGGCAUGCCUCCCGCCUUUGAUCUUCUCUAUUAUUGAUGCAAUUUUACUCUCAUUUCCAUUGUAAGGACAAUCAUU